ACGUAUUCCGUGUAAGUGAGCCACAGAAGCACAUGGAAGUGAAACAUUAGGCCUCUUUCACCUCCCCGCUUUGGACACUAAGCGAUUCGAACCCCAGUGCUAGAAGCUGCUGCUCAGCAUUGACAAAAGUUAAAAUUGUCAAAGGAAGUUGUCCCCUUUUCCUCAGGCAUGGCGGGUGCACAAAGAGAUCCACGCAAAUGGAAAAUGCCUGGUUGGAAGAUAGAGCAACAGUACUCCAAUAAAGUUCUCAUUGGGAACUGGGUGGAGGAGAGGCUGCAGUUCACCAAACAGCCUCACGCUGCCAGCAGCAGCCAGCGAUCCGACUACCUCCCACACCGAGACAGCAGGCCUGACGCUACAGUGAGGAGAGCAGCUCUUCGGAGAGGAGAGGGCCUUCCUCAGAAGCUGCUACUCUCUCACCACAACCCUCCUCGCUCUCACUACCUGGUUUCCCUAUAUGAUGAGGUGUACAACCGCAGGGGGAACUCCACCCUGCCCCCCCUUCGUUCCUGGAACGGGGACAAGCUAGCCUGGGUGCCAGAGAGGACUGAUCAUCCUGCGCAGGCACCCCCGACCAAUUUCGGGCUCCUGGAAUCACAGCUCCCUAGGUGGGACAGAGAGGGGGCCCCCCUCUUGCUUCAGAGUGUGUACAGGAACUCAUAUCCCCACCACCCCAUCACUGCCUUUACUCUCCCUCGGUUUGCCAGUGCUCCCCGGCAGUUCUCCAGCCACCUGCACCCCACCAACAAAACCAACAAAGACCUGAACCUGAAGGACCGUCCAUGCCUUCUGGUGCCAGAGAAUACCCUCUGCCUGUGACCAGCAUCUGGAUGUGGCCUAGACAUGCAACAGCAUUGCUUCUAGGAGAAAAGCACCUCCUUUGUAAGCACCCGAUUUAGCAAUUAAAUACACUAUUUAAGAAAACACAAACCCAUUCUAAGGUUCCUGCGUAUCCCAUGAUGUCUAAUAGGGUGUCUUUCAUACAAAAGCAGAUAUCUCUCUUUUGUUAAAGCAAGAGAAUAAAAACUCGCCAAACAUUAAAACGUUAUGAAGAGUGGUAAUGGGGACCUAGUAACGACAAUAUCAGGAAUCCAGGGGAAAAUUGCUCAGAACGUGCUAUAAAGCAAAAAAAAAAAAACAACUGUGGAUGUUAUGUGAAAAAGUAGUUUAAGACUUAAACCUUGACUUCAAAGCCUUGGGCUGUAAUUGAAGGUGGCUGUGAGAUGGUCUAGGAGCAUUUUAGCUGAAAGCUCUGUCUCCCCUUGAAAAGGUAAUGAUGCCCAAAAUGUUUCUCACACAUCAGCUGUUAUACUGUCGGCUCUUUGUGCUCUUAUCUUUCCUGAGAGCAGCCAUAGCAGACCAGCCUCUAGAUGUCAGUACUGCCCAGAGUGUCUUUGUGAACGUUUAUUUACGUUCACAGCAGCGCUUCUAGAGGCUGAACAGAUGAUAAAGGUGCAGGAGGUGACGGAUUAAGGGAGCAAGCUGAGGGAAAUGAAAGACUUCUUUACCUCCCUAUGAGUUCAGUGAUUAAUUCCUGAGGAUCAAAGGUCCAUAUGCUGGUCAGUUCCAGGCCUUUCUGUCCUCCCGCUGUCUGUCAGCUCACUCAGAGCUCUCCACCUGUCUCUUUCUGGCUGCAGUUAACCAUGUGUGUGAUGCUGCUUCAGUUUGGAAGACUUCAGACUUUUCCUCAUGCAUUAACUAGGCAUGAAUCAUCUUGUAUAGAUAUCUACCUGUUACAUUUUCGACUAUAGGUGCUACCUGGCCUGGCUUUAUAGUUAUUGUUACCAUAGUUCUUUGUCCCAGCAGUAACAAUUAAAACAUGCAUAAAACAGUGAUAUUUUUGUUCAAAAACAAGAUUUUGAAUUGAUUUCAUCUGUAGGUCAAGAAUUCUAAGUUACAUUUAGCACUGUAUUCAGUUUGAAAGACUGAAAAAGUAAUUUUAUCUCAUAAAAGAUUGACUGUGCAUUUCUUCACCUUCUCUGUCUUUGCAAAAUUUUAAAUUGUUGAAUUUUAAUGUUUUGUUAUUGUGGUUUUUGUUUAGCUUUGUAUUUCCAUUUUUCUUUCUUUUUGAUAUGGUGGAACUGGCUCAGCAUGCGAGUGUAACCUAGCAACAAUCAAUUUGCAGUUAUAUUAAAACUUCAAAAGACUAGUUA